AUUCAACAAUGGCCGUAAAUUUCUCCAUGAGUGUUAUCUUUUUCAUGUUCUUCCUCCAGGGAUCGUAUGCAGCCAACAUCGUAAUAAAAAAUAAUUGCCCUUACACAAUUUGGCCAGCUACACUUACUGGUCAAGGACCCCAAUUGCUAACAGGAUUUGAAUUAGCAUCACAAGCUUCACAAACUCUUCAGGUACCAAAUUCAUGGUCAGGAAGAGUAUGGCCAAGGUUCGUUUGCUCGAAUGAUGCGACUGGAAAAUUCACUUGUCUUAGUGGAGAUUGUGGGACUGGCCAAGUAACUUGCAAUGGUAAUGGUGCAGCUCCACCAGCAUCCCUUCUCGAAUUCACAUUAGCAGGGUUUGGAGGCAAAGACUUCUAUGAUAUUAGCUUGGUUGAUGGUUUUAAUUUACCAGUGUCUAUUGUCCCUCAAAAUAGAGCUGAUUGUAACUCAACAAGUUGUCCAGUUGAUAUCAAUAAUCACGGAUGUCCAGAUGAGUUAUCAGUAAAAAGUCCAGAUGGUGGUGUCAUUGGGUGCAAAAGUGCAUGUCUGGCAUUUCAACAGCCACAAUAUUGUUGCACUGGUCAAUAUAGUUCUCCACAAACUUGCAAACCAACCAAAUACUCUUUACAAUUCAAACAUCUGUGUCCUCAAGCUUAUAGUUAUGCUUAUGAUGAUGCAACUAGCACAUUUACAUGUACUGGAGCUGACUAUUUGAUUACCUUCUGCCCAUGAGUUUGUUACAUCUGAGAGAUUACAUGUAAUAGAGCCAUGAUUUGCUUAUCUUUUGUCCAGCCACCUAGUUGAUUUAUCUGGA